AUGAGGAAGCGGACCGAACAGCAAAGGAGGCUACCCAAUGGAGAGACAGGAGACCAUCUCGCCAUAGAAAUGCAGGCGAUUGACCGGACCUACAGAAUCGGACAGCAGAAGGAAGUGGAGGUGUAUCGGAUUCUGACGCAGGAGACGGUAGAGGACCGUAUCGUGGCGUCGCAGAAUAAGAAAAAGGAGAUUGUUGAGGCGGCACUCGAUGAAGCAGAGAGCAUGAAGAUUGGUCGCUUGGGCGAAAGUAUACUACCAACUAUUCUCGUCUUCCUCCAGCGCCACAGGACUGUCCGUUCAGGUGCAGUAGAUUUUACCAAGGAUGGUAAGCUGAUGCUUGGCGAUAAGCGUGAUGUCAAAAGUUUGUGCGAAGUCUCAAAGACUCUUUAUGACUUGGCAUCGACCCGUCUCUACAGCCUGCACGAAGUCAUCCUGCAAUCACUCGACGAAGAUUGUCUGGAUGAGGUUCAUGUGAAAGAAUUACUUCGAGCUGCAGGACGACCGAACAAUCUCCUGUCGCGUGUAGUCAACCUACGGAUAUCAGCCCCAUUCUCCAAAAGACUAAGGCACCGGUGCAUACAUGGCGACGAAAACGAUUAUGGCGACGAUGGCCAAGUAAACGACCUCUCCUCACUGCAACGGCUUAGUAACCGUAUUCUACCCAUUUUGCAAAACCUCCAAGAUGGAAAACUUCGAAAAUUCAAUUGGGACAUGGGCGUAUGUGUCCCUAGGCAAAUUCUCGGCAAAAACGGAUAUCUCCCAAACAAUCAGAGUCACCUUGAAUACGUCCGUCUGGUGACGGACCCGACCUGCGUCUGUAACUCCCAUACCUCACCACUUGCCUUGCAGGAACUACGGUGUUUGAAAGGCAUUUCUUGGACGGGGCUAAGAACAAGACCCGACCUUGUUGCGCUUGGCCUAGCACUGCAGGAGAACGCGGGCCAUCUCGAAGUCUUAGAGUUAGACUUCAUCGACUGGCCGUUGGUAAGGAGGCACUGGAACGACUUGGGCGAUGAUUUUGGAGACUUCUUCGACUAUGCGUUGAGAGUGCGCCCUCGCUCAACCAACCGUCGAUAUCCAGCCCUACAAAAGCUGUCCCUUUCUGGCCUUGAUCUAACCCCAUACUUCCGCGGAAUUGCUGCCGCUAUGGAUUCUGUAUCACUUCAGUCAAUAGCUGUGCACCGAUGCCUAGGCUGGGAGUUGCUCCUGGAACACUGGAUAGAGUCACACCGUCCAUUAAGCAUUAAAUCAUUGGAGAUAUAUCAGCCCUUGAUAUCUGAGGGUAUAUCCGGUGUAGAGGAGCAGGCCUUACGAACUUUUCUGGAGAACGUUAGUGGGUUGGAGAACCUUUAUCUCUCACUUCCCAGUCCGAUGGGUACAAAGAUCUUGUGGAGAACGGCAGUGCGACACAGGGCGACUCUACGACGGUUCAUCUACCAUGCUAGAAGCGUAAAUCUUGACGGUGAGUCCGACCGAUUUGAAGAGGAAAUGGACCUGAAUGACAUGGCACUGUUGAGUGACUCAUUCCUGGCUCGCUUGGGUGAGGAAUAUUCUGUAGGGGGAAUGGAGUUUGAAGAUCAUUUGUGGUUCACAGAACAGUCGCCAAAUCCGCUAGAGGUUCUGGAACCGUUCUCCGGCAAGGAGAGCCUACAAAUUGUGCAUAUUAGGCAAUCGGGGCCCGAUAUUAAGCAAUUUGGCUCUUGGGUCUUCAACCAGAUCUGGUUAGAUGAUGCGACCCUGUUCGAGGACUACAUUGGCCCGGCUCGGCGGGAGCUCUGUGAAGACGGUAUGCUGGGGUGGGUUUCUUGGCAAUCGGAUGUGGCCAACACCAAGGAUAACCUCGUCGCGACCAUCCUGACCAACAGCCUUUGCGAGUUUGCCGAUUGGGCUUUCGGUGCAAAUGGCAUUACGUCUCUCCAUAUUAUAGCAUACGGAGACUUUUCGUGCCAGGGGAGAGACCAUACCGGCUCUAUAUAA